AUCGUUUUCCCGCAGGUGCUGAAAACGUUCAUUUUAUUCGUUCGUGCAGUAGCCGGGGAGCGAGUAGCUGACGGUUCUAUAAAAUUUCUCCCUCACCAUAGAUUGCAGACAAUCUUGCAAGGAAUCAAUUGAACGCCUAGAAACGAAACAUCAUCACCAUCAGUAACCGGUCUGGUCUGCACGCAAGUAAACUUCCAAAUUGACAAUCUAUUACACUUCUGAUAGCACAAUAUUUGCUCCGAGCCACGUACAACGCCGGCCCAGCACGCCCCAAACAUUCGAAUCCCGAACCGAACCGAAACAGGUAGACGAACGCCGGUGCAGAAAACGAUGCGGAAAACGAUGGCAUCCACCAGGUCCGUUCAUUUUAUUGAUAGUGAAACGAUUUCGAAGCAAAUAUUUGCCCCGGCCCGGUACAAUCUGCCGCUGUUUCUGUGCCAAAAACUGAACGUUCAUUCAACUCGGGUGGAAAAAUCUACACAACAGCAAUGUUUAAAGGAAAGGACCGCUCUGCUACAAAGGAUGGCGAAAUAUCACGUCAAAGAAUUAACGAAAGGCACAUUCCGGCCUAAAGAGAAGUCGUUUAAAAUUAGUCAAUCCGAAUUGCGCGUUCUAGGUCGCGUACGACGUCGAUGUAAUGCGCACCGUGUCGGAUGGCCCGACUGUCCUAAACCGCUUCGUGAUGGGCGCAAGCAGUGGUCCCUACCACCGGGCAGAUAUCGAUUAGGUGGAAGUAUUGCCGAUUUGGCUAACCGAUCAACAGGUCCAGCGAAGGGCCGACAGGGCCACUCCACUGAAGGCCAUUCCCGGCAGCGAAGUGCGGGACCAUCGCUGUACCAAAAGUUUAGCACCUCUGAUGGCACCGAGUCGGUCAUUGGACACCCGGACACGAUCAGCGCAAUUCACCUACCGGCGGAGAUGAAUAAGUUAUUGCAUCCGAGCAAAUACUUUGUCGGUAAAAUACGACCCGGUGAUCGUAUGAGCGACCGUCCAACACUGCGUCUGGCCAUAUCUGAACUCACGGUUUGUCGUCGAGAUCCGAACGCUCCCGGUCCCGGACACUACCAUCCAGAGCAGCAAACACGCGCCCAAGAAACGGGUGGAAAAAAGAUUUCCCAUCGAGCAGCCUGUUGCUGGUACACGUACGACCAGUACUGCCGCGAGCCAUUCUUCCGUCCGCCACCCGGCCGCUACGAUAUUCGUGACGCUCUACCUCCAAUUCUAGCAGGCCACAUCCGUUACCGUAGCGAGCAGAUUCGCAUUCCGAUUCAAUCGGCAUCGACCAAACCGCACCCGGGCGAUGGACCAGCUGCAAGACCUGCCGCAUCGGUGCGGCGAAAGGUUACGCUUCGUCUGAAUUCCAUCAAUAUUCCCGUACGGCCCCGGAAGGGACGCCGUAACAUGAAGGUUGCGUUUAUGAGCGGAAGUGCUCGGUUUCGGGACCGCGACUUUUUUCCCAUCGGUGGUUUGGGAAAAGCGACGGCAAAGAGUCAACAGCAGUCAACAACAUCAAAGAAAUCGCACGAUUCGGAAGACGGGACACAGCAUGCAGCAUCACCCGCCACCGGAAGUGCCACUCGGGGGGUGUCUCCGUCGUCAGUGGAGUAUACAGAUAGGGAUGACAACGAAGACAGCCGCCGGGAAAAGGAAACUGAAGAUUGUAUCCGAUUCCUUGCUGCACAUGGUAUCUCCCAGGGGAACCUACAGCCGUCUUCUAAAGUUGGGAACAAAAUUUCGACCAGAUUCUUCACGGUUCCUAAGCUCACGCGCAAUCGACGGUAGAGGGAGUUCGCGGGAGUUUUAAUGGAACCGCAUUGGAAGAAUAGCUUUAACACAGAAUUACUUAUUGUCAUAUGUUUAAAAUUAUUGUGUUUUGGAAAUAUAUUGACAAAAACGAUGUCGUAUGCCGUAAAGCAGGAUAAGAUAGCAAAAAAGAUUUCAAUUUCGAUUUUAUUCGAUUCUUAAUGCUUU